UUUCCUGUAAAUAUUAUUUGUUUUGCUUCAGCCUCGAACAAAGUAGUUUUUCAGUUUAGUUUACAUGAAUCUCUCGCAGAGAUGCCAGUUGCUAGCUAUUUUUGUAGCCUCAAUUGAUUUUUUCCAUUUUUCAUUUGCUGAGAUUCAUCACAGAGACAACGCCAAAAACAAUGACAAAGAAGCCUUAUCUGGAGAUUUCCAGAUGUUUCUCAGGGAUAUGGAAUCGAGAGUAUUUAAGGAGCCACCCAAAAUUAGAAAAGGUCCCAUAAAAUACCCGACGUAUACGACGCAUAGUCCGAAUGUGACCAAGAAUAUUAACAUGUUUCACUCUCAAAAGGCAGCUUUAAGAGAUGUGCUAAUGUUGAAGCUCGUUUCCUAUUACGAGGAUAAAUACAAACUGGCGAAUCAGGAGACUACUGCUGUAACUACCACGAGCACUACAACUUCAUCAACAACGACAACAACAAAGCCAUCAACUAAGAUCGGAACAAUAAAACCACGCUUUUUAUAUGACAGUGCUAUCGCACGCGAUGUACUAAAUGAUAUAGAAGACAGGAUAUCCGCAGAGGUAGUAGUUAUAUGAUGCCGACACAUCAGGAAACUGAAUAAAUUAUUUUAUAUACUUUUCAUUUAAUAAAAAGUUUUUUCUUUUUGUUGAUCUAUGAAUAAAACACAUGUGAAAAUAAGUAUAUAUUCUUA